AAGAAACCUCUCUCUUCCUUCUUCUAAUGGAUGUGGUGUUCUUGAAUCAUCCUCUAUCUGAAGGAUUAGAAUUGAAACAUUGUUAUCUCAAUCUCAAUACAGAUAAAAACUUACAUUACAUUUAGUUUUCUUUUCCUUUUUAUUUCUCAUCAUCAUUAGCUUCUUCUUUUUUCUCUCUUUUUGUUAAGGAAACUUGUGACCCAAGAAAUAGUUGAAGAUCUUAACUUGGUCAAAAUUUUCUGUUUCUCAAACCAUUAUUAUGAUGCAUCUAUAAUCUUAUCUAUAGUUUUUGAAAUUACAAAGAAAAAAAGUUAUGUAGAGUUUAGAAAUCAAGCAUAUUUUUGAAUUAGUUCUAAGGUUGAAAAAUCAAUGGAUGGUCAAGGUGGUGGUGACAAUCACCAAAAGUCUAUUGAAUGCAAUAACAACAAAGAAACAGUUUUCUUACAUGGUGAUUUAGAUCUAUUGAUCAUAGAAGCAAAAUCUCUUCCAAAUUUGGAUUUAUCAACUGAAACAAUUAGAAGAUGUCUCACUAUGGGAAACAGUUGCACCCCUCCUUUUGUUAAAGGACUCAAAACACACUCAGGAAAAGACAAGAUCAUAACAAGUGACCCUUAUGUUUCUAUUUGUCUAGCUGGUGCAACCAUAGCUCAAACAAGAGUUAUUCCAAAUUGUGAAAACCCUUUAUGGGAUGAACACUUUAUUGUUCCUGUUGCACAUCCUGUUCAAAAAGUUGAGUUUCUUGUGAAAGAUAAUGAUAUUCUUGGUGCUGAACUCAUUGGUGUUGUGGAAAUACCUGUUCAAAAGAUACUUCCUGGAAACACUAUCAAUGAUUGGUUUCCAAUUAUUGGUCAAUAUGGGAAUUGUCUAAAACCUUAUCCUGAGUUGCAUAUUUCUAUUCAAUAUAAGCCUAUUGGAGCUAAUAGCUCUUCUCAGUAUUUUAGAGAUGAUAAUGGAAAUGUUAACUUAGGUGUUCCUGGAACUUAUUUUCCUCUUAGGAAAGGUGGGAAUAUUACUUUAUAUCAAGAUGCACAUGUACCUGAUGAUAUGCUACCUGAAAUUCCACUUGAUGGUGGGAAAGUUUUUCAACAUAGUAAAUGUUGGGAGGAUAUAUGUCAUGCAAUUUUGGAAGCUCAUCAUUUGAUAUAUAUUGUUGGAUGGUCAAUUUAUCAUCCUGUGAAGCUUGUUAGAGAGCCAACAAAACCAUUGCCUUCUGGUGGAGAGCUUUCACUUGGAGAGUUGUUGAAAUACAAAUCACAAGAAGGGUUAAGAGUGGUUGUGCUCAUUUGGGAUGACAGAACUUCACAUGACAAGUUUCUUUUGAAAACAGAUGGUGUCAUGCAGACUCAUGAUGAAGAAACUAAAAAGUUUUUCAAACAUUCCACUGUUCAUUGUGUGUUAUCUCCACGUUAUGCAAGCAAUAAACUCAGUAUUUUCAAGCAACAGGCAUGUAGUUCUAAUAGUAUAGUAACACUUUUAGUUGAAUUUUCGGUCAAGGUUGUAGGAACUCUCUUUUCACAUCACCAGAAAUGUGUGCUUUUAGACACUCAAGGUUCUGGGAAUAAUCGAAAAAUAACCGCUUUUAUGGGUGGUUUGGAUCUCUGUGAUGGAAGAUAUGAUACACCUGAGCAUAGGCUUUUUCGCGAUCUUGAUACUGUCUUUGAAAAAGAUUAUCAUAAUCCUACAUUUCAAUUAAAUGCCUGUGCGCCAAGGCAACCAUGGCAUGAUUUACAUUGCAAAGUUGAAGGUCCAGCAGCAUAUGAUAUAUUGACUAAUUUUGAACAAAGAUCAAGGAAGGCCAAAAAAUGGCGUGACUUUAGGCUCAGAAAGGUGACAAACUGGCACGAUGAUGCUUUGUUAAGACUAGAUCGUAUUUCGUGGAUUGUUAAACCAUCUUCUGGUCCUGAUGGUGAUAAAUCUGUUCGUGUAACCGAAGAAACCGAUCCUGAGAAUUGGCAUGUGCAGGUAUUUCGGUCCAUAGAUUCAGGAUCAGUGAAGGGAUUUCCAAAGGAUUUUGACAAAGCAAAGUCUCAGAAUCUUUUAUGUGGAAAAAAUUUAAAAGUUGACCAAAGUAUUCAUGCUGCUUAUGUAAAAGCGAUACGAUCGGCUCAGCGAUUCAUAUACAUUGAGAAUCAAUAUUUUCUUGGCUCCUCUUAUCAUUGGCCUUCAUAUAAAAAUGCAGGGGCAAAUCACUUGAUUCCCAUGGAGUUGGCUUUAAAAAUCGCCAGCAAGAUAAGUGCAAACGAACGUUUUUCGGUGUAUAUAGUUAUACCAAUGUGGCCAGAAGGAGUUCCAACUAGUGCUUCUGUUCAAGAAAUAUUGUUCUGGCAGGGACAAACAAUGUCUAUGAUGUACAAGAUUAUUGCAGAUGCACUUGCAAGAGCAGGUCUCUCUGAAUGUUAUCAUCCACAAGAUUAUCUCAACUUUUACUGCCUCGGAAAGAGAGAACCUCAAUUGCACGAAAGUGCAUCACCACUACACCAAUCAUCCGAAAAUCGUGCCUUGGCAUCGGUUAAAAAAUACAGGCGUUUUAUGAUUUAUGUUCAUGCCAAAGGAAUGAUAGUUGAUGAUGGAUAUGUAAUCAUUGGAUCAGCAAAUAUUAAUCAGAGAUCAAUGGAUGGCUCAAGGGACACAGAAAUAGCCAUGGGAGCUUAUCAACCAAAAUACAUAUUGGCAGAAAAUAAGUCACUUCCACAUGGCCAGGUGUACGGAUACCGAAUGUCGCUUUGGGCGGAGCAUCUUGGUGGCAUUGAUGACACUUUUGGUGAACCUCACAGCUUGGAAUGUGUUAGGCAUGUAAACAGAAUUGCAAAGAAAAAUUGGAGCUUAUAUGUGUCUGAGGAAGGGUAUCAAAUGAGAGGACAUUUGAUGCAGUAUCCAGUUCAUGUUAGCAGGAAUGGAAAAGUCAGUUCAUUAGAUGGUCAUGAGUCAUUUCCUGAUGUUGGUGGCAAAAUUCUUGGAUCACAUAAUUCACUUCCGGAUGCACUAACCACAUGAUUAACCAAUUUAAUUAUAAUCAUAACAUUGUUGUUGUUUUUUUUUAAUAGUACAUAAUAUGUUAACAUUAUGGCCUGAUCCUGAUGCAGCUAAGUGAUCACCUUUUGUAUGUAAAUUUCUAUAUUUGAUAGUGUGAAUAAACUCUACAUUUAUAGUAUUAUAUAGAUAAACUGA